ACUCGUCGACUAAGUAAAUAAGUCAUUGGAACCCCUCCACUCUCUGAUCCCCCUCCCUCAUCGACAUGGAGCCACACGCGCGCCUUGUGCUCCCUUGUCGGCUCCCUUAUCUGCGGCUCCGACACGAACCAACACUAAAUAGUGACACCCUGCAGUGAGCCGACUCCAAGCGGCCUAUGAAACCCGUCCCACGACUCCCCUGAGCCGACUGCGGGGUUGGGCCCGGCUCCCCCAAAGGGCGUGAUGCUCCCUAUUCCGGGGACUGGGGGCCACUUUGUGGCCGUCCGUCUGUGGAAUGAUGCUGGUCCAGUGGUCCCGGACGUACUCUAGGUAUAAGUCUGGUUUGACCGCCCCGUCACGGGGAGCUCGAUCCGACUUCAGUCAAAACCAAAUCCCGCCGCCCUUUUCCUCUCCCCUUCUGUUCUGUUUCAGUCCCCGAGUUAUUCCCAUUCAGACCCUUCUCCCAAUACCUGUACUCAUUGUGUAACUUCUCCGCCAGGGUGCGUCAUCCCUGUCGAAUCCCUCGUGCCAUUGGCUACAGAUCGAAAGCGUCCUGUCCGUUCAACUCGACUGACCAACAAGCAACGCCCUCACUGUAUCCGGGAAACGUUGUUAUCGAUCGCACUCGGCAUUUGAUAAUACCCCGCCCCCCCCCCCUCCCUAGCCCAUCAUGCCCUUCAGACACUCUCCGGGGCCCAUGGUCGCACGCUGCUUACGUGCGGCCGGGCCUGCAGCACCGGGUGGGCGAGCAGGCCAAGGGUUGGCCAGAUUUAAGCAGACGCUGGCCGUUGUCGGCAGCCCAGGUCGCCGCCAGCUUGCCGCCUUCUCAUCCGUGGCCCCGCUGCAUCGAGGCGGGGGAUCUGCAUCGUCGCCGUCCUUUGACGCUGCUAUAAAGCCGCCGCCGUCCCGGCCCGUCGUGGAAGACGAGUACAAGACCGUCAUCGACCAGGCACGCCACCUUUCGUCACAGUCAACCGAGAUGUAUACUGCCUCGUUCGCCUUCUUCGAGGCCCUGUGGGACGCCGGCGUCACCCACUGCUUCGUAAACCUGGGUUCCGACCACCCCAGCAUCAUCGAGGCCAUGGUUAAGGGCCUCAGGGAGAAGAAAGGAAGCUUCCCUCGAAUCAUCACAUGUCCCAAUGAAAUGGUGGCCAUGUCCAUGGCCGACGGAUACGCCCGCCUGACCGGAAAGCCGCAGUGCGUCAUUGUUCACGUCGACGUGGGAACCCAGGGCCUCGGCGCCGCGGUGCACAACGCCUCGUGCGGGCGCGCGCCCAUCCUCGUCUUCGCCGGCCUUUCCCCUUUUACUCUCGAGGGCGAGCUGCGCGGCAGCAGAACCGAAUACAUCCACUGGAUCCAGGACGUCCCGGACCAGAAGCAGAUCGUCUCGCAGUACUGCCGCUACUCCGGCGAGCUGAAGACGGCCACCAACGUCAAGCAAAUGGUUAACCGCGCCUUGCAAUUUUCCAAAUCCGACCCCCAAGGGCCCGUGUACCUUUGCGGCGCGAGAGAGGUCAUGGAGGCCGAGAUCGAGCCUUACAGCAUCCGCCAGAACGAGUGGGACCCCGUCGAGCUCGGCGGUCUCCCAAAGAGCGCCGCCAACAAUAUCGCCGAGGCGUUGGCUGGAGCCAAGGAGCCACUCGUCAUCACAGGGUUCGGCGGCCGAAAUCACGAGUUCCCGGCAGCGCUCGUCGAGCUCGCCAACACGGUCAAGGGCCUACGGGUUGUCGACACGGGCGGGAGCGAUAUGUGCUUCCCGGCAGACCACCCCGGAUGGCUUGGUCUUCGGUUCGGCAUCGACGAAGCCGUCAACACGGCCGACGUCAUUCUCGUCCUCGACUGUGACGUUCCGUGGAUCAACACGCUGUGCCACCCCCGAAAGGACGCCAAGAUCUUCCACAUCGACGUCGAUCCGCUGAAGCAACAGAUGCCCGUCUUUUACAUCGCCGCGCAGUCGAGAUACCGUGCGAGCAGCCUGCAGUCAGUCGAACAGAUCACGUCUCUCCUCAAGGGACAGUUUGCUGCGCAGCUCGAGUCGGCAGAGGCCAAGGACCGCGAGGCCAAGGUCAAGGAGUCACACAAGCAGCUGUUGGCCAAGAUCGAGGAGAAGGCUCGGCCCAAGGCGGACGGCGAGUUUGGAACGGGCCACCUUUCGCGGACGCUGAAGAAGCUCUGCCCCGAGGACACCAUCUGGGCGAUCGAAGCCGUGACCAACACGGUCUUUGUACACGACAACCUUCAGCCCACGCUGCCCGGCUCGUGGAUCAACUGCGGCGGCGGCGGCCUCGGCUGGUCCGGCGGCGGCGCUCUGGGCAUCAAGCUGGCGACCGACUACGAGAACGGCGGCAAGGGCAAGUUUGUGGUGCAAAUCGUCGGCGACGGCACGUUCCUGUUUUCGGUGCCGGGCAGCGUGUACUGGAUUGCCAAGCGGUACAACAUCCCCGUGCUGACCAUCAUUUUGAACAACAAGGGAUGGAACGCGCCGCGGCGGUCGCUGCUGCUGGUGCACCCCGACGGUGAAGGGUCGAGGGCGACGAACGAGGAGAUCAACAUUUCGUUCGAUCCGGCACCCGACUACUCGGGCAUCGCCAAGGCGGCGGCGGGCGGAGAUUUGUUCGCUGCGCGGGUCGACAAGCUGGACGAGCUAGAGGGCGUGCUCAAGAAGGCCAUCGAGACGGUGCAGGGCGGACAAGCGGCGGUGCUGGAUAUCAAAGUGGCCAUGGGAUCAUAGAGAUGAGGCUGAAGUGAGGGUUAGAAGGAAGUCAGGGCGGUCCGAAAUCGAGACCGUAUUCUCUCUAGUGAGGUGUGACUUGAUGAUCCGUGGCUAGUGUCCAUCCGGAAAGGCUCACGGGUAGACGAGUCCAUAUUCGUAGAUACAGUGUCCGUUCGUAAACUGAAGAGGGUUCAACCCGGUAGAAUAGAGUCACGGGACAUUUGAGGAGUGUUGGGAUACGAUGGCGCGCGUGUGCAUGUACUGACUGUACUUAAUCGCGUGAUAUGGGUGCAUUGGAUGACCCCGGCGGAGGGGCCCCGAGUCGUUAAAUGUCCCGUGCCAUGGUUGAUUCAUCAUGGCUGCUGGCUUGGGGCGGCAUUCUGCAGAUGCAGAUGCAGACGCAGAUACAGAUACAGAUGCGAGCCCGAGGAUGACGAGAUGGAUAAACUAGGAACUAGGUAUGUAAGAUGGCCCUUGCUGGUGUUGUUCGCUGGUGGCGUCGCCUAACCCAACCCAGCGGGUAGAUCUCGCCGUCGAGCCGGCAAAAAAGUCAUAUCCGUCAGUGAUGGUGUGGGUGUGUGCAGAGUGGGAAUAAUCAAGUGAU